AAAUAUUUCAUUAUUUCAAUAUUCCAUCAUCUCGCUGGUCUCGCGCGCCGUUAUUAAUUAUAAUAUAGGUAUCUUUGGUUUGUGGCUGUGUUUAAACAUAUCUAAAUAAAAUAUUUAGUUCGUUUGUGUGUGAGUGAAAGAUCAUUUUGAUGUGAUGUGUUUAUUGAAAGAAAAUAUUGAUUUGUAAUUCUUUCUAAAAAUAUUAAAAUGUUAAAUUCAUUUUUUCGGUUCCUCGGUGCCGAGGAGUCACCUACCAAAGUCCUAGAAGUACGCUCGGACAACUAUAUUUCCCGACCAAUACUUUACAGAGAAGAUUCCAUGAUUCUGUAUGCACCAAAAAUACCGGUAGACAACAAGAAUCCGAAGGACAAAUUUUUCGAAAUUGUUUUGCAGAAACCUUUUACUGAGACUUUGCAUCACAUGUACAGUUUAUUCCGAUCAGAAAAUUCAGAUAUCUCAGAGGAGCGAUUCGCCAUUUUUAAAGAUAAAAUACCAUUGUAUAUCAAAGUCACCAAAGAGUGUACAAUACCAACACUACAAAGGCUAUGUGACACGUUGUCGGAGCACCAGACGUGGACAAUAGCUCAUAUAGUCGCCCAUUUUGGGCUGUACGAAUUAUUCAACGACUCAGAUGUACAAAAGCAUAUAGACGACCAGGAUUCGCUUACUGGAAUUACGCCGAUUAUGGUGGCCGUCCAAUCAUGCAACAUACGGAUGGUACAGAGUCUCAUAUCCCUCAAAUGCUCCCUCAGGAUCGUGGACUACGACGGUAAUACGGUUUUCCACUAUGCCGCAGCGAGCAACAAGGAAAUUAUUAACGCGCUAGCGAACAGCGAUUCGUCAUCGCUAAACAUAUACAACAAGCAAGGCUACACGCCUCUCCACACAGCAUGUCUGGCGGACGCGCCGGACUGCGUGCGCGCGCUGCUGCUGUCCGGCGCUGACGUCAACCUGGCUGCCUCGCAGCGGACCAGCAGCGCUAUGCCAGGUAUAGUGGGUGACCUCCUCAAAGACAAGCAACCGAAGUUACAUCAACAAGAUAUGAAGCAUGGUGGUACGCCCCUCCAUUGGGCCAUAUCUCGGGAAGUUAUUGAGGCUUUGGUGGAUAAGAACUGUGAUAUUAACGCGUUGAACUUUGACGACCGAACGGCGCUGCAUAUUAUGGUGUUAAGGGGCCGACUAGAAUGCGCAGUCGCACUGCUCUCUCAAGGCGCGCAACACUCGACGGGGGACAAGGACGGCAACACUCCUCUCCACCUCGCCGUUAAACAGACAAACAUAGCCAUAGUGCAAGCGCUCAUAGUUUUCGGCGCUAAAUUGGAGGCGAAAAAUAAGGAAGGGUUGACUCCUAGACAUUGUGUGCCCGCGGAAUUGUCUAGUAGCAAUUAUGACAAGAUUUUGUAUGUUUUGCACGCGGUUGGCGCUAAAAGAUGCCCAACAGACAUGUCAGGCUGCCGUGCCGGCUGCUCCACUCGUGGGGAAUACAAUGGGGUGCCCCCACCGCCCGUGGCUCGAGCUUCUACCAGGAAAACCAUCAGCGAUAUGUUAUCUGUGGCCGGGGUUAUGCGAGCUGCUAACAAUAACGAGGACCGACAGGCCAGACUCCUAUGCCUCGACGGCGGCGGUAUUCGCGGCUUAGUCCUCAUCCAAAUCCUGAUCAACCUCGAGGAAGCUGUGGGUAAACCCAUCAUCAACUGCUUCGACUGGGUCGCGGGCACCAGUACCGGUGGAAUACUAGCCUUGGCGCUAUCUUGCGGGAAGUCUUUGAGGGAUUGCCAAAGGUUGUACUUUAGGAUGAAGGAACACGCCUUCGUGGGUAUAAGGCCUUACCCUUCUGAAGCUUUGGAGAACAUGCUGAAGGAGAAUUUGGGAACCGAAACAGUGAUGUCCGAUAUCAAACAUCCGAAAUUGUGCAUCCUUGCUGUGUUGGCGGACCGGAAACCAGUGGAUUUGCACUUAUUCCGCAACUACCGAUCAGCGCAGGAUAUACUGGACGAACACAAUGGCACGCUCAGUCCCCGCGCAGAGGCCUCAGACCAGGUGUCCGUGGUGUCGCUGCCGCCGCCGCCGCCGCCCGACCACCAGCUGGUGUGGCAGGCGGCGCGCGCCAGCGGAGCUGCGCCCUCAUACUUCAGGGCUUCGGGAAGAUAUCUAGAUGGCGGGCUAAUAGGCAACAAUCCCACACUGGACGCGCUGACAGAGUUAGCUGAAGUUCACUUAGCGCUAACCGCGACAGGACAACACGAGGAGGCCAAGAAAGCUAAUCUCAAAGUCGUCGUGUCUUGUGGCACAGGUCUCAUCCCAGUGACGAAGCUAAAAGACUUCGAUGUUUUUAAACCUGAGAGUUUGUGGGACACCGCGCGCCUCGCCUGUGGACUCUCUGCUAUUGGCGGGUUGCUUGUGGAUCAGGCAACGCAAUCGGACGGGCGCGUCGUGGAGCGCGCCCGGGCGUGGUGCAGCUCGGCCGGGGUGCACUACUUCCGGUUCUCGCCGCAGAUGUCCCGCGACGUGGCCAUGGACGAGCGUCUGGACGACAGGCUCGUGCUCAUGCUGUGGGAGGCGCACGCCUUCAUGUGGGAGCGCCGGGACGAGGUCAAGGAGCUCGUGUCUCUGCUCAGAUAACCAGCGAUAGACAACUAGUCAUCAACUCCAAUGUUAUCCUACUAUUGUAAGUAAAUUUUAUUUUAUUGGCUUGCGGAAAUAUUAAAAAAUGUUUCCAUUGAUUUGUCAAAUAAUAAAAUAAGGAAUAAAUUAAUGAAAUAUAUACUGGAAUUGUUAAUGACACUUUUGAUGGUCGCAAAGUAACACUUAAUGUAUUUUCUGCAUAAAAAAUAGUAAUUAAUAUAUUCUCAUAAUCAUGUUGAUGAUAUAGUGUUAUCUUUACCCACCUAAAUGGUAAGACACGCACAAAAUUUGUAUUCUCCGAGAAGUAAUAGAGUGGUUUGCCCUGCCUUCUGAAUUUUGUACACAAUAUUGGUAAAUCGGUAAUAGUUUCGAUAAUUGGGGUGCAAGUUUAGGUCACAUAUUUAAAUACAAUAUUCUCGCAUAGACAAUAUUAUAUAUAAUCUACAGAGAUAUAGAAUAUUUAGUGAUAGAUGAAAAAUUUAAUCUGUGUUUUAGUUUUAAGUAGACUUUAAAAAGUGUUGUCACAUUUGCAAUAUUGUUAGUAUUUAUUUUAUGUUUUAAACAAAUAUUGCGGGUUUGCGAUGUUAGUUCUUUUUUAAUAAUAAGAUUAGAUUCUAUCGAAAAUAGAUAAUUUUAUAAUGUAUUAAAUUAUAACACAUAUUUGCUCUAUAAGGAUUUUCAACAAUGCAUGAAAAUCUCCGAUUUAUGGACGAAUCAGGGCGUGAUGUUACAGAGAUUAUUUUGCGAAAUUCAUGUCGUAUUUUUUAUAUCUAGUAGGUGGCAGCACUAUACAUAGUUCCCUACGUGUGUAAAGAUAUUCAUAGCAUGUUUAAGGGCUUAAAGGAAUUGUUCCCACGAGCGCCUUUCCAAAGCGCGUUACAAAUACGUUGGAGUAGAACAUACGAGUAUCCGAGUAUACGACGGCAACGGUUUUUUAUCGUGAAUAUCAUUGUCGCAUUUUGAGCGCUGUGCGUUGGACUGUAGGUUGAAUGUUGAAUGUCACAAAUCUACAAAUAAAUUAUAAAUUGCUUGCUGGGCAAAUAAUUAGUUUUGGUGUUAUAUUAAUUUAAUGAUUGGUUCUAUUUUUUGAUAUAUCGAACAUGUUACUAAGUUGAGCUCUCUGUAUGUAUUUAUUUUGUAUCAUUUCAACACAGUAUAACGCCCGAAUUCAACUAAAUUUUAGUAUGGUAUUUGAGUUUUUUUUAAAGUGCGUUUGAAUAUGACAGCAUUGAAAGAUUUUGGUUGUAAAUGUAGUUAGUCAUAAUAUAUCAUCAGUGUGUGUAUACCAAAGCGAUGUAGUUAUACGAAUACUUGGGAUAUUUGCUAUAGAAUUACACAAACCUACGUUCAAUAUCAACAAUAUUAUUAAACAAUAUUAUUUAAAAAUAAUAUUUUGUUAUUGUUGUAUAGUUUUUAAUACUUGUUAUAUGGGUUGGUAUAGUUUACUGGAAUUGUGAUUAUUAUAGAUGCGCACAAGCUGUGGUUAUUAUGUUGAAGUAACUUAGUAUUUAUUUGAAGUAGCCGAAUUUAUAUGGUGGAGAAUUAAAUUAAACACUUGGUCUAAUUUUUGUCAGAAAUAAAUUAUUUUAUUACAUGCAACGGUUUUCUACUUAUGAUACUAUUAGUUGUACGUAAUGAAUUUAAUUUAAUUUAUUUUGAUGUGUUAAAAAUGGUUCGUUAAUUUUGCCGUUCUUGUACGCUCUCGACCACACAUCGAACAAUGGAUAUAUUUUGUGAGGGCGAGGGCGACCUGGCCGAGGGCGUAUAAAAACGAGGGUUAAUUGGCCGGACCCUAAUUACUGUGAUUGGUUUUUGUUACAUUAUUUGUUUUUUUUACAUCGUGAGAUAAAUAAGAUAAGAUUUUCGGAGAUUGGUGAAGCAUUGUUUAGCUUUACGUGGCAUAUCUACCACAUAAUAUGUAUAAUUAACAUAUGUUCGUAUAAAGAUUUUUCAGUUAUUACAAUAUGUGUAAUGAAUGUAUUUUAUUUAACAGAAAUAUAUUAUUUCAAUAAAUGUAGCUUACAAAAAU